GAUCUGAGUUGCUGCGUUCCUGAGCCACGCUGGAGGCACAAUCCAUUUUCCCUCCAGUUCUCUGGUACUUUGGGAUAGCUGUGGAUGGGAAAUCUAAAAGAUCAAUUGAAUUUUUAACUGGGCUUGAACACGUGUCAAUACCUGAAGAAAGGAAAAAGAUUUAAAAAUCUAGUGUGUAGGAGCUAAAGGACAUGUUCGUUGCCAGGGUUAAACAGGAAUGUGAAGGAAGAGUUGUGCUAGGAACAGGUAUUUGCAUGGAUCUCACAGUGGAGAAGAAGGAGGCGGUCACAGAGGAGCUUCAUUCAGCCUUUGCCCAAAACCCAGGCUCUGCUUGUGCAGUCAGUGGGGCAUUGUCAACAAAUGAGGCCCUUGCUUGAUGUCCCAGGGAGCUGACUCAGCAGCCACCAACAGCAGCAGUUUUAUUUAUUUCCUGCCAUGCUUCCAUAUUCUUUCUGGAGUCUUACAAAGAGCAAGCCCUUCUUGAAAGAGCCUACAAACCAACACCAAACAGAAAAUUGCUCACUUCAGCAGCUCAGCUGAAGGCCCAGGGACAGGACUGGUGAGCUCACAGAACAGUACUGGAGAUGUUUUUCAAACUUUAAGCCUUUACCUUGGACUGCCCUAAUUUUAUUGGAUCACUUUUGUACUGCAUUCUGGACCCUCCUGCUGUCUGCUCCUCUGUAUCAGUUUAUCCUGUUUGAGAACCAUCAUAUUAUGUUUAAUAGAGAUUUUACUUUGGAAGGAACUACUGCUGGUGAAGAGGAGUCUGCUGCCUGCUGAACAUCCAGGUUGCGUCAGGUUGUGACAUACCCAAUAUGGCUGAUCUACACCACCUUCAUGAGGCUCUUCAGGAAUCCCCAGCCUGCAAUUACCCUCAAGGACCCAGAUGUGAAGUAUGCACUGAGGCUGAUUGAUAAGGAGGAAGUUAGUCAUGACACAAGGAGAUUUCGAUUUGCUCUCCCUUCCAUGGAGCACAUCCUGGGUCUUCCUCUAGGGCAGCACAUCUACCUGUCUGCACGGAUUGAUGGAGCUCUGGUUGUCAGACCUUAUACUCCAGUUUCCAGUGAUGAUGACAAGGGCUUUGUGGAUCUUGUUGUCAAGGUCUACUUCAGAGGUGUCCAUCCCAAGUUUCCUGAUGGGGGAAAAAUGUCUCAAUACUUGGACAGCCUGAAAAUAGGGGACACCAUUGACUUCAGAGGACCAAGUGGCCUCCUUGUGUACAAAGGAAAAGGCAAGUUUGCUAUUCGGCCAGAAAAGAAAGCUGAACCAGUUACCAAGACAGUAAAAUACGUGGGGAUGAUUGCAGGGGGGACUGGGAUAACACCUAUGCUGCAGAUCAUUCGAGCAAUCAUAAAGGACAAAGAUGACCCCACCAUUUGCCAGCUGCUGUUUGCUAAUCAGACUGAGAAGGAUAUCCUGUUACGUUCUGAGCUCGAUGAGAUCCAGGCGCAGAAUCCCGCUCGCUUCAAGUGCUGGUACACGCUGGACACGGCGCCUGAAAAUUGGGAUUACAGCCAAGGGUUUGUGAACCAAGAGAUGAUCAGAGAUCACCUGCCCCCACCUCAGAAUGAUGUUCUGAUCCUCAUGUGUGGACCUCCUCCAAUGAUCCAGUAUGCUUGCAUUCCCAACCUGGACAAACUGGGCUAUGCCAAGGACAUGAGGUUCUCCUUCUAAACACGACUGUUAUUCAGGGAUCUUGUGUAGAAGGGAAGGAAAAAAAAAGGCAUUUAAUGGGGAACAGGACAAAGUUACAGAGAUGGCUGAUGCACAGUGCUGGGAAAAUAUAUUUACAUUAAAAAUGCUUCAUAUUUUCAGACUCUCAGCAAGUAAGACACGUAACUGUGCUAAACCAGUGUGUGGAGAGGUGGUGAUGCCUCGUGCUCUGUGUUGUGUGCUCCAUGUCCAGGGAGGACAGUGCAGCUGCUCAGGGCAGCACACACUCACUUAUGCUUUUUCUUAGUGUUGUAAUAAAGUGGCAGUAAUAUCCUACUUCCUAACACUGUGCAUUCCCAGGAUUUUAUUCAGUAUGAACUAUAAAAACAAUGACAAGUGUUGGAUUAUUAACCUUGCUUAUGCCAAACUGUAAUCCUUACAGAGCUCUGAGGGCCAGGAGUGUUUGCCUUGUAUCCAUAACCUUUGCAACAUCAGUUUAAAGAUGCUUGUUGAGUUGAAGGAUGCCAAUGAACACUUAUGGCUGGAGGUGUUGCAGCUGCCUCGUAAUCAAAACAAAGAGGUAGGCAGUGAUAAAAAUUGGUUUCCUUUGUAUUUUGGAAUAGCCUCUCUUAAAUGCAAACACUUUUCCAUCUGGUCACAGUUCUCAUCCCUGGGCAAUGAAAGAAACUACAGAAGGUGGCUUUGGGUACUGUUCCACAAGUACUUUGAAUUUUUUGCUUGAUAAUGUGUGGGAUACUGAAAAAAAAUUCUUAAUUUUGUAUUUACUCCUAAGUACUGGGCGAUGGCAUAGGAGUACAAAAACAGUUCUUCUGCAUGUCCUGUGCAGUGAAAGAAAAUGCUGGGUGAAAACUACAUGAGAUUUUCUUGUUAAUUGUUUCCCAGAGGUGGAUUUGGGCUGAAGGGAGCCCAGGUUUCAUUGCCAGGGGGUUUUGGCAGGCAGCCCUGCUAUGGGUGCAGUAGCACCCCAUCACCUCCAUGUCUCAAUCAGGCAAAGCUCCCCAGGGUUUGCUUGGGAAGGAUGCAUGGGAACAGCCUUAAAUCACCAAACUGACAGCAAAUUCAAGUGUCUCACAGAGUCUAAAACUGUUUCCUACAGCUUCAAUUCUUAUUUUUUAAUAUCCUUUUUUUACAGCAGCCUUUUACCUAAUUUUUAGGACACUGCAGGCAUCUUGCGUGCCCAGCCUUCUGCUUCUGACCAGCAGAGAUGCUGCUGAGGUUAGAGGUGUCCUAGGAAACUAAAAAUCUUGUUCUGGUGAUGACAUCAGAGUGACUGGAAGGGUAUUUAGUAAUGUAUGAAGUACUGUGGGUGCUGAGGUAGCUACAGGUGUCAAUGUACAAUAGCAAUUUUUAAAGACUGGGUAGGGAUUAGAGGUUAUAGCUCACUGUGUUUUCUUUUGUGCCACUACAACAGGUGGGUACUCUGUAUUUAAAAGGUUCAUUUUUCAGCAAGAAUUAAAAAGCAAAGAUACUGCAGUUAAUUUAAGGAACCUCAACUAGAUAAUACUGUUAUUAAUUUUAUUAAUUUGACAUUUGCCUCAAGUCUUGAAUUUUUGAUGUGUUUCUGAAACUUGUUCUUUAAUACUAUGCUCCAAAGUUGAAAUACUACUCAAUUUUUCAAGUUUUAGUCCCUUUCUUGGAAGGCAAAAAGCAGAAAUAUGAGAGAAGUGGUCUUGCUGCUGGUCUGUAUCACUGUGGGAUAUGCAUAGAUUUUUUUCUUUAUUGUAUUUGCCAAGGUUAUUCUCAUCCUUUUUUAUCCUGAAUAAAGUUUUGAAAAGUUGAGUUUCAUGAGAA